AUGACAGAACAAACGCAUUUGGAAUUUUUGCAAAACUCUCUUAUUCCCAUGUUAGCAGAAAUGUUUCCCAAUGAGAAUAAGGGUCCCGAUCCAGCAAGUGAUACCAUUUGGUUUCAACAGGACGGGGCACCUCCGCACUAUGCGCGACCUAUAAGUACUUUUUUGGACACAUGUUUUCCUGAGAGGUGGAUUGGUAGGCGAGGACCGAUAGAGUGGCCAGCGAGAUCUCCAGAUCAGACCCCUCUCGAUUAUUUCUUAAAUACAAGGUCUACAUCAACAGACCACAAAAUUAGAAGACUUGAAAAAUCAAAUUCGUGA